ACAUGUAAACCUUGUGGGAAAUCACAGAACAGAAACCCCAAGAACAUUAAUGGGAAAUCUGUUAGUUUCACAACAAUUUGGGUACCAACAGAACAUAAUGUGUUUAUUAAGAAGAGUACAACUCAUCCUUUUUUCUCUGUCUAUAUAAGACUUCUCAUGGUUCUGCAGCUUGAGGAAAAACUCUAACCUAAAAAGAUCAAGAGUUCUAAGAAAAGAGUAGAAGAAGACGAUGGUGAUGGUGAUGAGAGAAAUGUUGAGUCAUCUUGGCUCAUCCCUUGCAAGUCUAGUGUUUGUCUAUGCCAUCUUUCAAGAAUACUUUCCUUUUCCAUUCCGUGGCUAUAUCCAGAGGUAUGGCCACAAACUUGUGAGCUUUUUGUAUCCUUACAUUCAGGUUACCUUUGAUGAAUUCACUGGUGAUGGAAUGAUGCGUAGUGAAGCAUUUUCGACUAUUCAAACCUAUCUCAGUGCCAAGUCCACAGCCUGUGCUAAGAGGCUUAAGGCUAAUGUUGUCAAAGGCAACAAGCCUAUAGUCCUUAGCAUGGAUUACAAUGAAGAGGUUGCUGAUGAGUUUAAAGGAGUCAAGGUAUGGUGGAGUUGUUGCAAAAUUAUUCCUAGCAGCAACAAGUUAUCUUUUUCGUAUUAUCCUGGCUCAGAUGACAAGAAGUUUUACAAGCUCAUAUUCCACAAGCGCAACCGGGAACUCAUCACUGGGGUUUACAUUGCUCAUGUGAUGAAAGAAGGGAAGGCAAUCGCAGCAACGAACAGGCAGAGGAAGCUCUACUGCAACACUCCCAGCCAGCACUGGUCUUGGUACACGAAGAACAAGUGGAGCCAUGUAGUCUUUGAGCAUCCUGCAACUUUUGAUACUAUGGCGAUGGAGACAAAGAAGAAAGAAGAAAUCAAGAAGGACCUGACCAAGUUUAGCAAGGGGAAGCAGUAUUAUGCUAGUAUUGGGAAGGCUUGGAAGCGUGGCUAUCUCCUUUAUGGCCCUCCAGGAACUGGGAAAUCUACCAUGAUUGCUGCUAUGGCAAAUUUCCUGAAUUAUGAUGUCUAUGAUCUUGAGCUCACAGCAGUAAAGGAUAACACAGAGUUGAGGAGGCUUCUGAUUGAGACAUCAAACAAGUCAAUCAUAGUGAUUGAGGACAUUGAUUGCUCUCUUGAUCUUACAGGCCAGAGAAAGAAGGAGGAGAAAGAUGAGGUUGAAGAGGAGAUGGAUCCAGUUAAGACGAAGGAAAAAGAAGGGGAGAAAAAGGAUAGUAAGGUUACUCUAUCUGGCCUUUUGAAUUUCAUUGAUGGACUUUGGAGGGGAAGGAUGGACAAGCACAUAGAAAUGUCCUACUGUUGCUUUGAAGCCUUCAAGGUGCUAGCAAAGAAUUACCUGAAUAUUGAUUCUCAUCCUUUGUUUGGAGAAAUCAGCAGGUUGUUGGAGGAAACAAACAUGACACCAGCUGAUGUUGCGGAGAAUUUGAUGCUGAAAUCAGAGGAGGAUGAUGAGGAGACUUCUUUGAAGGCUUUGAUUGAAGCUCUUGUUGCUGCCAAGGAGGAAGCAAGAUUGAAAGCUGAAGAGGAAGCGAGCCUCAAGGCAGAGAAAGAAGAGAAAGAGAAGGAAGAAGCACUCCUGAAAGCAGAGGAAGGGAAGAGAAAAGGCAGGAAGAGAAGAGAAAAGGAAGGAAGGGAAGAGAAAAGGAAAGAAGAAGCACUCCUAAAGGCAGAAGAAGAAGGAUUUCAAACAUUUAAAAAUCUAUUUAAGUGGAACUUGGAAAACAUCUGUUCUGUACCUCGUGGAGUUGAAGUUUACAGUGCCAAGAACUUCCUGUGUGAAGGCCGCCGUAAUGCAAAGACUAGGAGUACAGACACUGGCCCCCUGGCCCAUCAUGAGCAUGAUUUGAUGUCAAGAUGCAAAAUUUGCUGGAACAAAGCCUACACCGCCAUGGAAUCCUAUCUGGCAGCCUUAUACACCAACAAGGUUGGACAGCUCAAAGGACCCUUAGAGAAAGCAAAUCUAUGGCGCUUUCGAGGGAUGACCACAAAAUUUAGGAUGAAUUUAAUGGGUGGUGGAGCUCUGAUGCUCUUCCGGUCACUCCACCACCGCCGAUGGCGGCGAUCGGUAUUUCCAGCUCGCAGUCCACAGAAGCCAGCGGCAUCUGAUUACUGGUUGGUGUCUCGAUUAUGUGAUUGAAGAGGUGGCUUUACACAAACAACCCUACUGAACAUGGGUCAUGGAUCCCAGUCACGUCGCUUUUGAGAAUCCGGUGACGAUACAGACGCUAGUCAUGGAUCCCAUACCGCAAGGGAAAACAGUAGACAAAAUAGGUAAGACUUGGAAACGUGGCUACAGUCCUCCAUGAUCUCCGCUAUGGCUAAUCUGUAAAAGUACAAUUAGGACAUUUAAGACAUUGAAUUUAAGGU